UGGCCGCCGCCUCUUCCGCCGCCGGGCUCCGGGCCUCCGCGCCGACAACAUGGAGGCGGUGAAAACCUUCAACAGCGAGCUGUAUUCCCUGAAUGACUACAAGCCACCAAUUUCGAAAGCGAAAAUGACCCAAAUCACUAAGGCAGCCAUCAAAGCUAUUAAGUUCUAUAAACAUGUGGUACAGAGUGUUGAGAAAUUCAUUCAGAAAUGUAAACCAGAAUACAAGGUACCUGGACUUUAUGUUAUCGACUCCAUUGUACGACAAUCUCGACAUCAGUUUGGUCAAGAAAAGGAUGUGUUUGCACCCAGAUUUAGUAAUAACAUCAUUAGCACUUUCCAGAAUUUAUAUCGUUGCCCUGGGGAUGACAAGAGUAAAAUAGUGAGAGUAUUGAAUUUAUGGCAGAAGAACAAUGUAUUUAAGAGUGAGAUAAUUCAGCCUCUUUUGGAUAUGGCAGCAGGAAUUCCUCCUCCAGUUGUCACACCUGUUCUGGCCAGUACUACCGCUGCUAUGAGCAAUACCCCAGGAACUCCUGUGACACCUGUUACUCCAGCCAAUGUGGUCCAAGGUUUACCUGAUCCAUGGGUAUCCCAGAUAGCAAAUACAGAUACACUUACAGCUGUAGCUCAGAUCUUACAAAGUCCUCAAGGCCAGCAGUUUCAGCAGUUAAUACAAACUUUACAGAUACAACAGCAGAAGCCCCAGCCUUCCAUUCUGCAGGCCCUGGAUGCUGGUCUUGUUGUUCAGUUGCAGGCUCUGACCGCACAGCUUACCGCUGCAGCUGCAGCAGCCAAUACGCUCAAUCCCUUAGAACAGGGAGUGUCUUUUAACAAGUUGAUGGAUAGGUUUGAUUUUGGGGAAGAUUCUGAGCAUAGUGAAGAACCCAAAAAAGAAAUUCCAACUUCUCAACUUUCUCACGUUUCAGAAUCUGUGAACAAUUCCAUUUUUCAUCAGAUAGCAGAGCAACUACAGCAGCAAAACCUGGAACACCUCAGGCAGCAACUCCUGGACCAGCAGCAGCCUCAAAAGGCAACCCCUCAGGAUAGUCAAGAAGGAACAUUUGGAUCAGAGCAUUCCGCGUCACCCUCACAAGGGAGCAGUCAACAGCAUUUCCUUGAACCUGAAGCAAAUUUGGAUGAUUCCAUAGAUAUUCAGCAACAGGACAUGGAUAUAGAUGAAGGGCAAGAUGGUGCGGAAGAGGAGAUCUUUGAACAAGAAGCAAAGAAAGUGGCUGUUCGCUCAAGAUCAAGAACACAUUCACGCUCUCGUUCAAGAUCACCAAGAAAACGAAGGUCUAGGUCACGGUCUGGAUCUCGAAAGCGUAAACACAGAAAGCGAUCACGCUCGCGCUCAAGAGAGAGAAAGAGGAAAUCAUCACGUUCAUACUCCAGUGAGAGAAGAGCUAGAGAAAGGGAGAAGGAGCGACAGAAGAAGGGGUUACCUCCAAUUCGGUCUAAAACAUUAAGUGUGUGCAGCACUACCCUCUGGGUUGGUCAGGUGGACAAGAAGGCAACACAGCAGGAUUUAACCAACCUGUUUGAAGAGUUUGGACAAAUUGAAUCCAUUAAUAUGAUUCCUCCCAGGGGCUGUGCUUAUGUCUGCAUGGUUCAUCGACAAGAUGCAUUUCGGGCUCUUCAGAAGCUUAGUUCUGGAUCAUACAAAAUUGGGUCCAAGGUCAUUAAGAUUGCUUGGGCUUUAAACAAAGGUGUAAAAACAGAAUACAAACAGUUCUGGGAUGUGGACCUUGGAGUUACAUACAUACCAUGGGAAAAAGUUAAAGUGGAUGACUUGGAAGGUUUUGCAGAAGGAGGCAUGAUUGACCAAGAAACUGUAAAUACUGAAUGGGAAACUGUGAAAAGCUCAGAACCUGUUAAAGAGACGGUCCAGACAACUCAGAGCCCACCUCCCGUUGAAAAGGAAACAGUGGUCACAACCCAGGCAGAGGUUUUUCCUCCACCUGUUGCUGUGUUACAGAUUCCAGUAGCACCAGCUGUGCCUACAGUUAGUUUAGUCCCACCAGCAUUUCCUGUGUCAAUGCCGGUUCCUCCUCCUGGAUUCAGUCCAAUACCUCCACCUCCUUUUCUACGAGCAAGUUUUAACCCUUCACAACCACCUCCUGGUUUCAUGCCACCUCCAGUUCCACCACCUGUUGUACCACCGCCUACUAUUCCACCAGUAGUACCAACAUCUUUGGUGCAGCCGCCAUUAUCCAUGACUCCAGAAACGGUGAAAGAGGUUGGAUUUGGUAGCCUUGUUUUACCAGGCGGUUCUGUUGCCAGCAGUCUUGCUCCUUCCACUCUGCCAGCUGGAGCUGUUUUUAAUCCUCCCCCUAAACAAGCAGAGCCUGAAGAAAAAGUACCUCAUCUGAUAGACCAUCAGAUUUCUUCUGGUGAAAACACCAGAUCAGUGAUUCCAAAUGAUAUUCCAAGUGGCUCUGCAAUUUUAGGAGGACAGCCGCCAAAUGUGACAAACAAUUCUGGGAUUCUUGGAGUUCAAAGACCAAAUGCACCAAGUAAUUCUGAAAUGCUUGGAGUCCGGCCAUCUAACGUUUCCAGUGGUUCUGGGAUUAUUGGAGCCCAGCCUCCAAAUAUGCUAAAUAACUCUGGAAUUUUGGGAAUACAACCACCCGGUGUUUCGAGUAAUUCUGGACUUAUGGGAGUACUACCCCCCAGUCUCCCUAACAAUUCCGGACUUAUAGGAGUACAGCCACCCAAUGUUCUAAAUACAUCUGGACCUAUGGGAACACAGCCACCCGGUGGGCCUCAAAGUUUACCCCCCUUACAUCUCUCUAAUCAGAGGAUGCCUGUAAUGCCAAUGUUAGACCUACGUCCAGGACUAAUACCGCAGGCACCUGGACCAAGAUUUCCUUUGCUGCAGCCUGGAAUUCCACCCCAACGAGGACUCCCUCCCCCAUCGAUGCUUGAUUCAGCUCUUCAUCCACCUCCCCGUGGUCCUUUUCCUCCAGGAGAUAUUUUCAGUCAGCCAGAAAGACCUUUUCUCAUUCCUGGAAGGCAAAGUAUAGACAAUAUUGCUAAUCCAGAAAAAAGGAUACCGCUUGGGAAUGAUAACAUUCAACAGGAAGGCGAUAGAGAUUACAGGUUUCCUCCUAUAGAAACCAGGGAAAGCAUGAGUAGACCUCCCCCAGUGGAUGUGAGGGAUGUGAUUGGACGGCCUGUAGAUCCAAGAGAAGGUCCUGGAAGGCCUCCAUUAGAUGGCAGGGAUCAUUUUGUAAGACCUCCUGUAGAUAUUAGAGAGAACCUUGUGAGGCCAGGCAUGGAUCAUCUUGGUCGAAGAGACCACUUUGGCUUUACUCCAGAGAAGCCAUGGGGGCAUAGAGAUUUUGAUGAGAGAGAGCAUCGGGUUCUACCUGUCUUUGCUGGUCCAAAAGGCUUACAUGAAGAAAGAGGGAGAUUUCGAUCUGGAAGCUAUCGAUUUGAUCCCAGAAGUGGUCCUUGGAACAGAGGAUUUGUUCAAGAAGUUCACAGAGAUUUUGAUGACCGCAGAAGACACUGGGAGAGGCAGAGGGAUAGGGAUGACAGAGAUUUUGAUUUCUGCAGAGAAAUUAAUGGAAAUCGUCUUGGACGAGAUAGAAUUCAAAACACCUGGGUCCCCCCUCCCCAUGCUCGGGUUUUUGAUUUCUUUGAAGGGGCCACUUCUCAACGAAAAGGUGAUAAUGUGCCUCAGGUUAAUGGUGAAAAUGCUGAGAGACAUGCUCAACCACCACCUUUACCAGUACAGAAUGAACCUGAACUUUAUGAGAAACUGACAUCUUCAAGUGAAAUAAACAAGGAGAAGAGUGACACAGUUGCUGAUAUAGAAAGUGAACCAGUGGUAGAAAACACAGAAACUGAGGGGACAUAAUCAUCACUCAGUAGGUAAAAAGAUACCUUUUGUAAAGUUGUCAUCUCCCUGUAAUAGAUUAAUGGCCGACCGGACCGUAGUUGUUCACUUUCGUCUGCCAGAAUUAAGUUAAUCUGAUGUUCAUGUUCACUUUUCUCUUAAAAUAAUUGUACAACUGACUUGUAUAGACAUUGUUCUUAAUAUGAACAUGAUAGGUAAACAUUUUUUAUUUUUCUGAUAAAAUAUAAAUGUUGCCCCCAGAUUCUUUUAACUUCAAGGAAAUGAAUAACAGCUUGUCAGAGACUUCCUAUGGAAGAAAGGAUUUUUUAGAUACUACUAUUAGGUUGGAUAUGGUAAUAGGUAUAUUCCAGAAUAGCAAGCCGUGGUAUAUCUUAUCCAUAUCUUUAGGCUGCUGCAGAAUUUUAAGGUAAUAGACAAAGCUGUGAUAUUUUAUGCAAAGACUGGCUCUAGAUAUUUGAGGAGCACAAUACAGAGAUUUUAAAAAGUGAUUUUGUAAAAUCUACACUAUGGUCUCUGUUUCUCCAAAGUAAGUGUUUGUGAUUUGUUCCUCAUACUGCAGUGAGUAAAAAGAAAACAACAACAUAAAUAUUAAAGUACGUUUCAAUGUUGGGUGAAUUUUGUUUUUAGAUGCCAAUAAAACUUAUUUGUUUGAUAA